CAUUCCCUGAACUUUCUAUUAUGAAAGAAAAUUCAAAUAUCAACAAUGAAACAAGUCAAACACAUCUAAAUAGCUGAAUCAUAUUCAAAUCUAUAGUAGUAUGGUAUCAUUCUAGUCCUUGCAAAGAAGAGGAGAAGUUAUUCAUGGGGAUCAGAUUUGGAUAUUUUGUACUUCUACUCAUAUUUACUUGUUUCUUUACAUUCUCUUCAGCCAUUGACAUCAUAAAUGCUAAUGAAUCUCUUGCCAACUCUGAAGCUCUGAUUUCCAAUGGAAAUAGAUUCAAGUUAGGUUUUUUCAGCCGGUCAAAUAGCAGCCGACGUUACCUCGGUAUCAUGUACAAUCUCCCGGUGAUGACUGUUGUAUGGGUAGCUAACAGAAAUAAGCCUCUCAAUGAUUCCUCUGGAACAUUUCAGAUAUCAUCAGAUGGAAAUCUAGUGAUCUUGGAUGGUCGGAAGGAGAUUGUAUGGUCGACUAAUCUCUCAUCUUCUGUAGCUAAUUUGAGUGCUGUGCUCUUGGAUACAGGGAAUCUGGUUCUGCAAGAUAACUCCAACGGUGAAUAUGUUUGGGAGAGCUUCCGACAUGCUUCGGAUUCUUUUCUACCAACUAUGCGGCUUUUUGUAGAUGUGAAUAGGAACGAGAAGAAUGUACUGAUGUCGUGGACAAGCCCUGAUGAUCCGGCACCUGGAAGGUUCGCCAUGAAAAUUAUGCCGGACCUUGAAGGGACGUAUAUUUUGAAGGAUGGUAAUAUUCCGUACUGGUACAGUGGUCCGUGGAAUGGUCAGACAUUCAUUAGGCUGCCUGGAAUGAGAGCUUUGUAUAACGAUGGAACUACUGUAGGCAGUGGUUCUCCAGGAACUGCGUAUUACAUGUUUAACGUUCCAAAUUCGUCUGUUUUGCAAUAUUAUGUCUUGACAUCUUCAGGGGUUGUAGAGGAGAGGGAGUGGUCUUAUGAGAAGAAAGCCUGGGAUGUAACAUCAACGCGUAACGAGUGUGACAUUUAUGGCAAGUGCGGAUCUUUUGGAAGCUGUGAUGCUCGGGAGACUCCAAUUUGUACCUGUUUCCGAGGCUUCUCGCCAAAAGCUGAAGAUGAGUGGGAUGCAGGAAACUGGACUAGUGGAUGCACAAGAGAAACUCCCUUAAAAUGUGAACACAACACUUCUUUGGGGAAAGAGGAUGAGUUUCUGAAGAUGGCGGGGGUAGGGUUGCCCGAUCAUUAUAUAUUGUUUCCCGUUGAUAAAGACUGCAGAGGCGCGUGCUUGGGUGAUUGUUCUUGUAUAGCUUAUGCCGAUGUUACUGGAAUUGGGUGUAUGCACUGGUCUCAUAACUUAACUGAUGUUGUCAAGUUUGCUUCCGGUGGUGAAGACUUGUACGUUCGACUGCCCUAUCCACAACUGCAUAAGAAGCAUGACAGAAGAGCGAUUAUCGCAACAACGGUGGUUAUGGGGUCUAUACUAAUUGGUCUAUGCACAUACUUUGCGCGAAAAAAAUUAUCGAAUUACAGAGCAAGGAAGAAUAAGAAAGGACUGAUAUUCUCCCAAAGAAAGGAAAGUGAACUCGAGGAACUGCCUGUAGUUAGAUUCGAGAUGCUCUCAAAUGCGACAGAAAAAUUUGAUCGAACCAAAAUGCUUGGAGAGGGUGGCUUUGGUCCAGUCUACAAAGGGAAACUGCCAAAUGGACAAGAAAUUGCUGUAAAACGGCAAGCAAGAUCCUCCAACCAAGGGGCGGAAGAGUUCAUGAAUGAGGUUGUGGUGAUCUCAAAGCUUCAGCAUCGCAAUCUUGUCAAAUUAAUCGGUUGCUGUGUUGAGCAUGACGAAAAGAUGCUAGUUUACGAAUAUAUGCCCAAUGGAAGCUUGGAUGCCUUUCUCUUUGGUUCACAUAAACGAGAGUUUCACAACUGGCAAAUGCGCAAAUCAAUUGUUGCGGGGAUUUGUCGAGGCCUGCUUUACCUACAUAGAGACUCGAGGCUAAAGAUUAUCCACAGAGAUCUCAAGGCAAGCAACAUCUUGUUGGAUGAGGAGUUGAACCCUAAAAUUUCCGACUUUGGUAUGGCAAGAAUAUUUGAUGGCAAAGCUGAUCAAGCCAAUACAACAAGGGUUGUUGGGACAUAUGGCUAUAUGUCCCCGGAAUAUGCACAUCGUGGAAUGUUCUCUGAGAAAUCCGAUAUCUAUAGCUUUGGCGUCCUAUUACUGGAGAUUCUGAGUGGAAAGAAGAAUUCCAGUUUUUGUGAUGAAGAUCAACAAUUCCUUACAGCUUAUGCAUGGAAAUUGUGGAAUGAAGGGAAGAUUACAAAUUUGAUGGAUCCUUCACUAUAUGAUAGUGCAAGUGCAAUUGAAGAUGAUAUAGUGAGAUAUGCAAAUGUAGGACUUUUGUGUGUUCAAGAAAUAGCAGCAGAUCGGCCUAACACGUCGACUGUGCUGUCGAUGCUUAGCUGUGAGAUCGUAGAGCUUCCUCGCCCGAAGCAACCAGCGUUUGUUGGGAUUCAGAGCUCUCAAUCGACCGAGCUAUCUAGCAAUGAUGUCACUAUUUCUAUAUUAGGAGGAAGGUAGUUUUGAGACCUCUUUUCCAUGUAUAUUAUGGCUAUGAGAGUAAGAUGAUUAUGUAUGUUUGUCACAUGUAAUUGUAUUAUGUUGGUGAAGACAGUGAUCUUGUUUGCAAGAAACUAUUAGCACU